CAUAGACAGUAUGUAGCAAGGGGUGUAGCCCUUUAAGAUUUGUGCAACUUCACACUCCCUCUCGCCCUUUAACGUCAUAUGCGGAAGUGUCAACAUGGAGGACGGGAGAGAGGCUUCCACGAAUUCACUUCUGAAAGAUGAGUGCUAUGCUGAUUUCCUGGCAGAGGAGUUUGAUGUAAAGACUUACACCGCUCAAGCUAUUCACCAUGCUGUCAUUGCUGAGCAGCUUGCCAAGCUGGCACAGGGCAUCAGUCAGCUGGACAAGGAGCUGCACAGCCAGGUGGUAGCCAGACAUGAAGACUUACUGUCUCAGGCGACUGGAAUAGAGUCUCUUGAAGGGGUCCUUCAGAUGAUGCAGACAAGGAUCAGUGCUCUGCAGGCAGCUGUUGACAGGAUAAGGACGAAGAUUGUUGACCCGUAUAACAAGAUUGUGACCAGGAUCACCCAGCUUGCCAGACUGCAGGUGGCCUGUGACCUGCUGCGGAGGAUCAUUCGUAUCUUGUACCUGAGCAAGAGGCUGCAGGGUCAGCUACAGGGGGGCAGCAGGGAGCUCACCAAGGCUGCUCAGAGCCUCAAUGAACUAGACUAUCUGUCACAAGGUGUAGAUCUGAGUGGCAUUGAGGUGAUUGAGAAUGACUUGCUGCUGAUCAGCAGAGCCAGGCUGGAGGUGGAGAACCAGGCCAAGAGACUGCUGGAACAGGGCAUGGAGAUCCAGGUACACACACAACUCACACACUAUUUGCUUUUGGUCACGCUUGAUUGUCCUGGACACGUUGUGCAGCUUGAACUUUGACCUCUCUGUUGAGAA